AAUUAUAUAAAUAUAGAAUCUAGAUUCUAAUUCAACUCUGCUUAAUUACAUUGUUAUAAACUUAAUUGUAAAUAAUUGGGAAGUGUACUGACUUUACUAUACAUUUUUGACACAUGCGCCCAUUGGCUCAUUCGCUGUCGCAAAAUAACGGGCAGCCAACUGUACGGAUCAGUGUCGUUCCGGUCGCUCGCUGUUGUCGCGGAGUCGGUGAAGUUAGUGGUGAAAUUUUUACGUGAAUAACAUCAAAAAUGGCGUCAGGUGUGACAGUGUCGGACGCGUGCAAGACCACGUACGAAGAGAUCAAGAAGGACAAGAAACACCGAUACGUGGUGUUCUACAUCCGCGACGAGAAGCAGAUCGACGUGGAGACCAUCGGCGAGCGCAACGCCGAGUACGAGCAGUUCCUCGAGCACCUGCAAGAGGGCGGCACCGGCGAGUGCAGAUAUGGCCUGUUCGACUUUGAAUACACGCACCAGUGCCAAGGCACGUCGGAGGCUAGCAAGAAGCAGAAACUGUUCCUUAUGUCGUGGUGCCCCGACACCGCCAAGGUCAAGAAGAAGAUGUUGUACUCCAGCUCUUUCGACGCCCUGAAGAAGUCCCUAGUGGGCGUACAGAAAUACAUCCAAGCGACCGACCUCUCGGAGGCUUCCCAAGAGGCUGUCGAGGAGAAACUCCGCGCCACGGACCGCCAAUAAGCAUUUAACGACGACCGGGGCGCAUGGGUUCUUAUAAUAUAUCGUUUCAUCCUUAAGCUUUCUCUGCCGUGGUGUACAGAAUACCGUACUUGACGGUAAUUAUUGCAUAUCGGUCUUUG